UGAAUGCACAGGAAGCAGGAAGUGUGAUUUGCGAUAUCUUCCUUGUGUGUGCGUACGUGCGUGCGUGCGUCUGUAUGUGUAUGUGUAAAAUUCAACACUGACCUGUGCUACAAAUUGAGGACAACAGCAUGUCUUUGAAACUACCUCGCAACUGGGAUUUCAGCACCUUCAAAGUUGAGACAGCUCGUAUUGCUCGCUCUAAGAGCAUAUUAUCUGGUGAGGGAAGCUUAGGUCUGAGUCCGGGCUCAAGACGAUCCCUCAAGUCCAUGGAGAGGCCUUUGAAGGCUGGCUGGCUCAAGAAACAGCAAAGGUCUCUUGUGAAGAACUGGCAACAGCGCUACUUUGUGCUGAGGGGAAGCACUCUAACCUACCACAAAGAUGACCGUGAAGCGGCAGUCCUGGGCUUUAUCCAGCUUCAGUUCAGCAAGGUCAAUGAACUCCCCUCAAACUCGGAUGACCCUGGGAAGUACAUCUUUGAAAUCAUACCAGGUACAAGUGCGGAUAAAGAGCGCUGCGCUCAUGUGUUCAUGGCCAACUCCCAAACCGAUAUGAAUGAGUGGGUCCGAACCCUGCGCAGGGUCAUUGGUGUUCCGAGUGGAGUGUUUGGAAAAAGUCUGAAGGACACAGUGACGUAUGAGCAACGUUUUGGACCACAGAUGGUGCCCAUCCUGGUCCAGAAGUGUGCGGAGUAUAUCAGAGAACAUGGUCUAAAUGAGGAGGGCAUCUUCCGCCUCCCUGGGCAAGACAACGCUGUCAAACAAUUCAGAGAUGCCUUUGACGCAGGAGAGAGGCCGUCUUUCCCCAGUGACACAGACGUCCACACGGUGGCGUCGCUGCUCAAGCUGUACUUGCGAGAGCUGCCAGAACCUGUGGUGCCAUGGUCUCAGUACCAAGACUUUUUGGACUGCACCAACACGCUGGACUCCGGAAAUGAAGAAAGGGAAGAAAAGUUAGAGAAACAGAUCGCCCUCCUCCCAAGAAUCAACUACAAUCUUCUAAGCUAUGUUUGCCGGUUCUUAUUUGAGGUUCAGCUGCAUUCCCAAGUCAACAAGAUGAACGUGGAGAACCUGGGCACCGUGAUGGGGAUCAACCUGCUCAAGCCACAGUUAGAAGACCCCAUCUCAGUGAUGAAGGCAACUCCUCACAUCCAGAAAUUGAUGACGGUGAUGAUCCGACGACACGAGACUUUGUUUCCUCUAUGCAACGACGUUCCUCCCUCUCCUCCCUCCAACAAGGCCGAGAACCAGAAGAACUCUCCUCGCAACCUUGUGGGCUGGGGCUCUACUGAGAUGAGUGACAGUUCUUUCUCUGAGUCUACCGAGGAAGAGAAAAAUGACAGUCCAGGUCCCCUGAGAGGUGAUUGCAUCUCUCCAGAUGUCCUGCAAGAUUCGAUGCCAUCUUCUGACAACUGGGCCGGGAGCCCCCGCAAACGUACCCAAACUCUGCCCACCUUCAAUUGCCCCCUCACAGGGAUGGCGGCAAAAGCUGGUGCCAUCCACCGCUGGAGUCGCAUCCAGGAUCAAGUGGAAGACAAGAGUGUGACGUUGUCAGAGGACAUCUUUAAGAUCCUAGAUCUCCGCUGUUCAGGAUCAUUUUCAAAAGGCACGCUGAAAGGCAUCAAGGAGGGAGUCGUGAAGUUCAGAGCGCAAGACGAAACCAAUCACAAGGCUCCCACUACUUCUAGCUCCCAAAAAUCUGACAAUGGCUCGCAGUCUGCUCCGGCUCAAAAGAGUGUUGAGCCCUUGGUAGAGAGCGGUUUCGAUCAGGAGGUCAACAACAAGACUGAGCAGAAGAGAGACAACCAACAGUCUCCUGACAGUGUGCAGCAGGAGCUGAAGGAGCUGAGGGCCACUUUGAGUGAACUUCAGUCUACUUUGGAGGAAGAGCGCCGCCGUGUGGCAGCUUUGGAAAUAUGCCUCAGAAAUGCAGAGCGCAGUCGGGAUGAAGGCGAGAGAAGAAAUGAAGAACUGCAACGGGACAUUCAGCAGUUUCUCAGUCGAAAGCCCCAAUCUCCGACUUAACGGUUGGGAUAUUAUUGUUUGUGUUGGUGGACUUUGGAGUGUUUCUUCUUGGCUGCUGAGUCCAGAUGAGAAGUUUUUGGUGGCUCCUUUGGGAACAAACUGUUCAGUCGAUAGAUAUUUUCAAAUGUUAACAAAGACUUCACCGGCUGUUAUUUUCUUCUAUCAUAUUUCCUCUCAUCUAGAUCCCUCCCACUCACUUCCAUUAAUCGUCUACUUGGAUAAAUAAGUACACAAAUGGAUGCCUCGUUUCUUCCAACAUAAUCAUCGAUACAUUUGCAUUUACUGUGACCGAUUGCACCAUGUGGUGUCUCGGUACCACUCCUCAGAAAGUAGCCAUGUAGGCAUCUGCAACGGGAACAUUUUACAGUAGACGUUAAAGUCGACGUGCUCCGUUUUGCCUUGGGCGUAGUGUGGAGCAAAAGCUGCUGAACCUUUCAGGAGGAAAUAAUUCCAGAUUAGAAACCCAAAUAAAGAAAGUAAGGAUGAACUACUGUUUAGUGAACCACAUGACCUGUAAUGCAAUAUAGACUAGAUGACUGUAAUUAUAUGUUGCAAUAUGGGACAUGCAUGUGUUAUUAUAAUGCAUAUUCUGUGUUGCAUUCAUUUCUGUACCACUGGUCCUCAUUAGCGCUGCGGCUGAGCUGGAGUUGAUCACAGCUGCCUUUGGGCAACACUGCAAUGGUCACCCGCCAACAUGCCUGAAGUCAACUGGGAUGGGCCCUGGCACGCCCGCGAUCCACGUGAGAAUAAACAGCUCGGGUAUUGGAUGGAUGGAUGUUACUCCAACAGAAUGUCAAUACUAUUUAUUUGUGGAAAACUAGACGAUGUAGGUACACAUGUCUCCUUACGCUUUAUUUACUUCUUACUCAAGCAAAUAAAGGCCUGUGUCCAUUC